AUGGGUGGUAAAUUAGCAUCAUGGAUGAUGAGUCUACUCAAUUUGAAAGAGAUCUGGUUAUCCGACUGCAGGGAAUGUGAAGAAGUCCCUCCACUCGGCAAUUUGAAAAAUCUUAGGCAUGUUAAAUUUGAAUAUAUGGAUAAGCUUAAAUGUGUGGGAGUUGAGUUUUAUGGUGCGGCUUUGUUUCCAUCAUUGAAAACGUUAGUUUUUAAUAAUUGUCCAGCUCUAAUUGAAUGGAAGGAAGUGGAUGUGAUUUCGCCAGCAGCGGCAAUUGAGAAAUGCCCCAAGUCGUUUUCCAUCUCUCCAGAAGUUGAAGAUACAUAUAUUGACCAGGUCAUGGCAAUAGAAAAUAUAUGCAGUCAACUAACCACUCUCACUCACCUCGAAAUUCGUGGAGCCACAGAGCUUACUCGUCUGCCAGUAGGGAUGCUGGAAAACAACCACAAUCUUCGGGUGCUGCAUAUUGACCAUUGCAAUGAGCUUAGCCAUUUACCUGAUGAGCUACACACACUCCGUCUUCUUGAGGAGUUGACUUUAAAGAAUUGUCCUAGUCUAGAGUUCAUUCCAAUUACCACCCAGAGCCAGGGCAUGCCAUGUCUCCGCAAAUUGAAGAUUAAGAAGUGUGAGAAAUUAUCAAGCUGGCCGAGUGGGUUGGAAUAUUUCACCUCUCUUCAGGAAUUGCAUAUUCAAAAUUUGAAGCAUUUACCGGUUGAUGGGCUACAGACCCUCGUCUCUCUUGAGGAGUUGACUCUAAAGAUUGUCCCUAGUCUAGAGUUCAUUCCAAUUACCACCCAGAGCCAGGGCAUGCCAUGUCUCCGCAUAGUGAAUAUUCUGAAUUGUGAGAAAUUAUCAAGCUGGCCGAGUGGGUUGAAUAUUGCACCUCUCUUCAGGAAUUGCAUAUUGAAAAUUGUCAAAAUUGGAGGCAUUUACCGGUUGAUGGGCUACAGACCCCUUGUCUCUCUUGAGAAGUUGACUCUAAAGAAUUGCACUAAUCUAGAAGCUAUUCCCAAUUUAGACAACCUCACAUCCCUCCGUUUUUGUCUAUUUGUGGUUGUGAUGGACUCACAAGUCUACCGAGGGGGCUACAAUCCUGCACAUCUCUUACAAUGCUGA